GCGCCGCCAUGCCGGCCGGCAGCAGCGAGGCGGACGGCGUCCUCAGCUAUCAGAGAGCAGACGAAGAGGCUGUGGUGGACCAGGGCGGCACCAGUACCAUUCUUAAUAUCCACUAUGAGAAGGAGGAGUUGGAAGGUCACAGGACCCUGUAUGUGGGCGUUCGGAUGCCCCUGGGUCGGCAGAGCCAUCGGCACCACCGCACCCACGGGCAGAAGCACCGGAGACGAGCGCGGGGCAAAGGAGCCAGCCAGGGGGAGGAAGGCCUGGAAGCCCUGGCCCACGACACACCAUCGCAGCGUGUUCAGUUCAUUCUUGGCACCGAGGAAGAUGAAGAGCAUGUGCCUCACGAGCUGUUCACAGAACUGGAUGAGAUCUGCCUGAAGGAAGGAGAAGAUGCCGAGUGGAAGGAGACUGCCAGGUGGCUGAAGUUUGAAGAAGAUGUUGAGGAUGGGGGAGAACGCUGGAGCAAGCCUUAUGUGGCAACCCUGUCAUUGCACAGCCUCUUUGAGCUAAGGAGCUGCCUUAUUAACGGAACUGUCCUUCUGGAUAUGCGUGCAAACAGCAUAGAAGAAAUUUCAGACCUGAUCCUGGACCAGCAGGAACUGUCCAGUGACCUGAAUGACAGCAUGAGGGUGAAGGUGCGGGAAGCCCUUCUCAAAAAGCAUCAUCAUCAGAACGAGAAGAAGAGGAACAAUCUCAUCCCCAUUGUCCGUUCCUUUGCCGAGGUCGGCAAGAAGCAGUCCGACCCACACUUGAUGGAUAAACACGGUCAAACUGUGUCUCCCCAGCCUGUCCCGACUACACAUCUUGAAGUAAAAAAUGGAGUGAAUUGUGAACACAGUCCUGUGGAUUUAAGCAAGGUAGACCUGCAUUUCAUGAAGAAGAUCCCCACGGGGGCAGAGGCUUCGAAUGUUCUGGUUGGGGAGGUGGACACCUUGGACCACCCCAUCGUGGCCUUCGUGAGGCUGUCCCCAGCCGUGCUUCUCUCAGGCCUGACGGAAGUGCCCAUCCCAACGAGGUUUUUGUUCAUCUUGCUGGGCCCAGUAGGGAAAGGUCAGCAGUACCAUGAGAUUGGCAGGUCCAUGGCCACCAUCAUGACCGAUGAGAUCUUUCAUGAUGUGGCGUAUAAGGCGAAAGAGCGAGAUGAUUUACUGGCAGGCAUUGAUGAGUUCCUAGACCAGGUGACGGUCCUUCCGCCAGGAGAGUGGGACCCAUCCAUUAGAAUCGAGCCACCCAAAAAUGUCCCUUCCCAGGAGAAAAGGAAAAUGCCUGGGGUUCCAAAUGGAAACGUUUGCCACAUAGAGCCUGAACCGCAUGGGGGUCACAGCGGGCCGGAGCUGCAGCGCACUGGGCGGCUGUUUGGGGGCUUGGUGCUGGACAUCAAACGCAAAGCCCCCUGGUACUGGAGCGACUACCGGGAUGCGCUCAGCCUGCAGUGUCUGGCCUCCUUCCUCUUCCUGUAUUGUGCCUGCAUGUCACCAGUCAUCACCUUUGGGGGUCUGCUCGGAGAAGCCACCGAGGGACGCAUAAGUGCAAUUGAAUCCUUGUUCGGAGCCUCCAUGACCGGGAUCGCCUAUUCCUUGUUUGCGGGACAGGCCCUCACCAUCCUGGGGAGUACCGGACCAGUGCUUGUGUUUGAAAAGAUUUUGUUCAAGUUCUGCAAAGACUAUGCGCUGUCCUACCUCUCCCUGAGAGCCUGCAUUGGAUUGUGGACCGCCUUCCUGUGUAUCGUCCUCGUGGCAACUGAUGCCAGCUCUCUUGUCUGCUACAUCACCCGCUUCACGGAAGAGGCGUUCGCCUCUCUGAUUUGUAUCAUUUUCAUCUAUGAAGCAAUCGAAAAGCUGAUCCACCUGGCCGAGACCUACCCUAUCCACAUGCACGGCCAGCUGGACCACCUCAGCCUCUAUUACUGCAGGUGCGCUCUCCCAGAGAACCCGAGCAAUCUCACCCUGCAGUACUGGAAGGACCAGAACAUCGUGACGGCGGAAGUCCAGUGGGCUAACCUGACUGUCAGCGUAAGUCUGGGAGGUGCAGGUGCCCGCCCUUUGUGACCA